GAGAACCAGUCAGUAGAAGGACAGAAGAAGGAGGAUGGGUAUACCCUGAAAAUGAAGGAGAAGAAAGAAAACAAGGAUAAGCAGCCAGGCCAAAGCCCUAGAAAAAAGGUUAAGAAGUCAGACAAAAGUCCAGAAAUCAAAGCUCAGCGCUUACCCGAAAUCCAAGAAGGCAAAGCUCAGCCCUCAGCCAAAAUCCAGGAAAGCAAAGCUGAACAGUUAAUCAAAGGGCCAGAAAGCAAAGCUCAGCAUUUAGCCAAAAUCAAAGAAAUCAAAGCUCAGCAGUUAACCAAAAUCCAGGAGAGCAAAGCUAAGCAGCCAGGCAAAAUCCAAGAAAGCAAAGCUGAGAAGUUAACCAAAAGCCCAGAAAUCAAACCUAAGACCUUAGCUAAAAUCCAAGAAAGCAAAAUUCAACAGUUAACCAAAAUUGAAGAAAGCAAAGCUAAGCAACCAGUCAAAAUCCAAGAAAACAAACCUCAGCAGUUUACCAAAAUCCUACAAAUCAAAAUUCAUCCCUUAACCAAAAUCCAAGAAGGCAAAGCUCAGCAGUUAACCAAAAGUCCAGAAAUCAAAGCUCAGCAAUUAACCCAAAUCCCGGAAAUCAAAGUUCAACAGUUAACCAAAAUGCAAGAGAUCUCAAAGCUCAGCAGCCAGUCAAAAAUCCAAGAAAGCAAAAUUCAGCAGUUAACCAAAAGUCCAGAAGUCAAAGCUCAGCGCUUAGCCAAAAUCCUAGAAAUCAAAGCUCAGCGCUUAGCCAAAAUCCAAGAAAGCAAAGCUCAGUGCUUAACCCAAAGCCAAGAAAAGAAGGCUAAGCAGCCAGUCAAAAUUCAAGAAAGCAAAGCUCAGCAGUUAACCAAAAGUCCAGAAAACAAAGCUCAGAGCAUAGCCAAAAUCCAAGAACUCAAAGCUCAGCAGUUAGCCCAAAACCGGAAAAAGGCUAAACAGUUAGCCCAAAACCAGAAAAAGGCUAAACAGUUAGCCCAAAGCCACAAAAACAAGGAUAAGCAGUUAGUCCAAAGCCACAAAAACAAAGCUGAACAGUUAAGCAAAAGCCGAGAAAUUGAAACUCAGCGCUCAGCCAAAAUCCAAGAAAUCAAAGCUCAACCCAACACCAGCAGCCAGCCAAAAACCAGGAACAGGAAGAAAAACAGGAUGAAAUGGAACAGAACAAAGACCCCGAGGCAAACAGGUCCCACUGAAGAAGUGGAAAAGGAUGAAUUAGACAAGGCAACCUUCGAUAUUUGCAAAAAGCUGAUGAAGCCUGUUAAAAAGUCACUGAAGCUGCUGGACAAGCCAGGAAAAGGACUUACAGACCAAGAGCUGCUGGAGCAAACACGGAGUUGCCUACUAAACGUAGGCGACCACAUCACGAAUUGUUUGAAAGUCCACACUGAACCAGACGUUCAUGACAUAUGGAGAAGGAAUCUAUGGAUAUUUGUUGCCAACUUUAUCGAAUUUAACACAACAAAAUUACACAAAUUAUACAAGACGGCUAGCAAAAAGCGAUCACGGGAACAAGAGGAACAGAAGAAGAAGGAGGAGAUGAGUGGCAAGCGGCUUCGUCGAGAAUCUCCUGGGCCCAGUCGAGAUACUCCUGUCCCCCAUAGCGCUCCUGCAGAAACUCUGCAGCACCCAUCUCCCCACCCUACACAGAUUCAUAGACAGCAACGAGAAAAAUACAACCAGCCGGACAGAAGGCAUUUCAGCCACACAGGGCGAAGCGAAUGGCAGAGGAAUCCCCAGUUUAAUUACAGUUGGAAUGCCUAUACAAAUUGGGGCAGAAACCGGUACCACCCAUACGAGCAGCGCUGGCACAGGGAUCAACGGUAUCCAGAUCAUCAGGCACAAAGAGAACAAUAUCGAAGCUCAGGAAGCUACCAGCCGAGCAACGUCUCUCGUAAACGCCACUAUGCCGACUACAACAGUGAGCGCAAUUACCGCGCACACCCGGAUUACAGGUACUGUCAUGAGGCUAAAAGGAGAAGAUUAGAUGAAUUCCGGCCACAGAACUAUCAACAAGAUUAUCGGAGGAUGUCUGAUUAUAGACCUCCCUUGGGUUAUGGGCAAGGACCAUCUGCCUACUACAGGCCUUUCCACCCAGACAAAUCAGCUGACUACAAGCAACUCCCUCCCCCUCCUCACUCUCAGCUCCCUGACCCUCGUCCUUCAACCUCUCAGAAAUCUCCUCUUGGUGUCAAGUCUUCCAUCCAGCAUCGUUCACCUCUGAUAGGCCCUUAG